AUGAGUUGCUACAGAUGUGGGAAGUAUCAUUCAAGGCCAUGCAGGUUUGGGACUGGGGUCUUUUACUCCUGUGGGCAGCCGGAACACUUGGCUAGUAGUUGCCUAGAGAAGAAGAGGUAUGAGACAGGCAGAGUGCAGCAACCAGGAAGGGUAUACACUACUUCUUCAAUAGGCGCUAAGGGGUCAGAGGCAUUGAUAAGAGGUAACUAUGGAAUGGUAGGUAAAACUUUGAAUGCUUUGUUUGAUUUUGGGGUUUCACAUACUUUUAUUGCAUUUGAGAAGGAUGAUGAGCUAGGAUUGAAAUUAGUAGUACUGGGGUAUAAUUUAAAGGUAUAUAAUUCUACCCACGAGGAUAUGGUGACUAGAUUAGGGUGCCCCCAAGUUCCUUUUCGAGUACAAGGGCGUGAUUUCGUGCAUAACUUAAUUUGUUUGCCGAUGACUGGUCUUGAUCUCAUUCUGGGAUUGGACUGGUUAUCCAAGAACCGCGUUCGACUAGAUUGCUCAGCGAAAACAGUGUAUUUCAUGCCUGAAGGCACUGAAGGGCCGGUUGUAGUGAAUAACUACUACUUGAAUUCCAUGACGGUGGACUGUUCUGGGGCCGAAUGUCAGGGCGGGGAUAUUGUUGUUAGUUGCGGGUGUUUCGAGUGA